GCCCGAACAUGGCUGGGAACCUGAAGAAAGGCGGGGGGAUCAUCGGAAUGAUGAAGGAUGCCUUCCAGCCACACCAUCACCACCUCCACUCCCAUCACCAGCCCGGGGCCGUGGACAAAAAGACGGUGGAGAAAUGCUGGAAACUAAUGGACAAGGUGGUGCGGCUAUGCCAAAACCCCAAACUGGCUCUGAAGAACAGCCCUCCCUACAUCCUGGACCUGCUGCCAGACACCUACCAGCACCUGCGCACCAUUUUGUCUCGUUACGAGGGCAAAAUGGAGACUUUGGGUGACAAUGAGUAUUUCCGGGUCUUCAUGGAGAACCUGACAAAGAAGACCAAGCAGACCAUUAGCUUGUUCAAGGAGGGCAAGGAACGCAUGUAUGAGGAGAAUUCACAACCAAGGAGGAAUCUUACCAAGCUGUCUUUGAUCUUCAGCCACAUGCUGGCUGAGCUGAAGGCCAUCUUCCCCAAUGGUCUGUUUCAGGGUGACAACUUCCGCAUCACUAAGGCAGAUGCUGCAGAGUUUUGGAGACGCGCCUUCGGGGAUAAAACCAUUGUGCCUUGGAAGGUAUUCCGUCAGUCUCUCCAUGAGUUUCAUCCCAUCAGCUCUGGGCUGGAGGCUAUGGCCCUAAAGUCCACCAUAGAUCUAACCUGCAAUGACUACAUCUCCGUCUUUGAGUUUGACAUAUUCACCAGGCUAUUUCAGCCUUGGUCAUCCCUGCUGCGGAACUGGAACAGCUUGGCAGUUACUCACCCGGGGUACAUGGCCUUCCUCACCUACGAUGAGGUCAAAGCUCGGCUUCAAAAGUUCAUUCACAAGCCUGGCAGUUACAUCUUCCGACUGAGCUGCACAAGACUGGGCCAGUGGGCUAUUGGCUACGUGACUGCAGAUGGAAAUAUACUCCAGACCAUUCCCCAUAAUAAACCCCUCUUCCAGGCUCUCAUUGAUGGUUUCAGGGAAGGAUUCUAUUUAUUCCCUGAUGGCCGGACUCAAAAUCCUGACCUGACAGGACUGUGCGAGCCUUCGCCUCAAGACCAUAUCAAAGUCACCCAGGAACAAUACGAGCUGUACUGUGAGAUGGGCUCCACUUUCCAGCUUUGUAAGAUCUGUGCCGAGAACGACAAGGAUGUGAAGAUUGAGCCCUGUGGUCAUCUCAUGUGCACUUCCUGUCUCACUGCCUGGCAGGAGUCAGAAGGUCAGGGAACAGGAUGUCCCUUUUGUCGCUGUGAGAUUAAGGGUACGGAGCCGAUAGUUGUGGAUCCUUUUGACCCAAAGGACAACAGCGGAGGGUCUUCCAGGAGCACAUUUGGGGCUGAGGGUGCACCCUCACCCAGCUACGACGACGAUGAUGAUGACAGACUUGAAGACCCUCAUCUAAUAAUGAGCAAACUUGCCUGCACAAAGGUGGAGCGUCCCCCAUCACCUAUGUCUGGGACUCCUCAGUCCUCUCUUCCCCCGGUGCCUCCCAGACUAGACCUAUUACCGCACAGACCUCCCAACCCCCCUGGUGCCUCCAGCCCUGGAGUCAGCAGUAAGGCACCAUCUCAUCACAAAGACAAGCCUCUUCCCCUUCCCCCAGCACUGCGUGAUCUCCCCCCUCCCCCUCCUCCAGACCGUCCCCACACAGCCGGGGCAGCCCCUGAUGGACGGCUUCAGAGGCGGCCCUUGCCCAGCACACCCGGGGAGCCCCCUCGCGAUAAACUCCCUCCUACACCCCCAAACCGACCCCUGUCUGACUGGACCUCCAGGCCGGUUCCCAAGGCUCCCACCUCCUCUUCGUCAUCCUCUUCGGUAUCCUCUUCGUCCACCCAGUUCCCCUGUCUGGGCGGGGACCUCCGAGCAGGUGUCAGGGAACUCUCCAACAGGCACUCCCUCCCCUUGGCACUGCCCUCCGCCAUGGACGCUCGCUCAGACUCCCAGAACAACAGCUCCCUCAGUCUGGACCACCAGCUGAAUUUUUCCACUGGAGUUGGUCAAGAUUACGACAACCCCAGAGUCAAACCUUCUGUCUCAGCCAACGCCAUUUAUGCACUGGCAAACAGAGCGUCCCCAGCUACAGCUAGGCCAGCAGGAGGAGAUGAAGGACAUGACAGUGAUGAUGAGUACAUGAUCCCCUCUUCUCGGCCCGUUCUGCCCCCCAUCCCGACUCCACUCAUGGGGGAGACCCCACCAAUCCCAAGACCCCCGCAGCCCGUGUCAGCAGUCCCGACACAGACCCAGGCCUCUGCACUGAACACACGGCUGAUUCUGGACGAUGUACCUCAUUCACUCCAAAUGUAUGAAGCCAUGUUCAACGCCCAGCCCAGGUCACAACAAGCGAGAGAUUCAGACUAUUCAGAUUUGCCCCCUCAACCAGUGAGUAACGGUCCCAGAGACCAUGAGGCUGACGACGGGGAAGAGGAGGAGAACGGCUACGACUUCCCAAAACCCCGACUGCCUUUGCCUCCCGCCCGACGGACCCUUUCAGAAAUGGGGGGGUCUUUGUCUUCAUCUUCUUCAUCCUCCUCAUUAUGCGCUGCAGCAGCUUUCAAUCGUCUUUCUCUAGAUGCGGAUGCUGGAGCGACAGCGCCCUUCCCAGAUCCAAUGGAGGCACCAGAGAGACCUCCAAAGCCCCUUCCCAGACGAAUCAAUUCCGAGCGCCGGGCCAGCCCAGUCCCCCCCACUCCGCUCGGCGGCGGGGCAACAGGAGGAGAAGCCAACCCACAAAUCAGUAGCGAGAUCGAGCACCUAAUGAGUCAGGGAUACACUCAGCACGACAUCCAGAAAGCACUGAUGAUUGCACAGAACAAUAUCGAGAUGGCCAAGAACAUCCUGCGCGAAUUUGUCUCCAUUCCCUCUACCGCGCACAUUCUCACAUAGCACAUCCUCCCGCCUCUCUCCUGUUUGCUCUCUUUUGCCUAGCUUGGCCCAGCCUGGUUUGGUUUAGGCUGGCAUAGACCAGCCCGAAACCCAAAGCCACUGCCUGCAGCACUAGCUCCAGUGCUGGCUGACACCCUACGCCCCUGUGGAUUUUUAACUGGCUGUUACUCCAGCAAGCUCGCAGUGUCUCGGGACUCUCGCCCUGCACUCCACACGCUUUCACAGUGUCUGGCCUUCUUUGAACUGCUGCAGCCGGCCUCUUAGUUUUCAACAACAUCUCCGCAGGACUCAUCCCGUGCGGAGCAACGACAAAUAAUGGAACGCCGUAUAAUUGCAAGGCUUCUGUAGGAAUGUCGGAGAGAUGGAUUCUUAUCCUUUCAUUUUGAAGCCUCUUGCUGAAAAUGUAACCAACACCUCACAAAGAAAACUAAAAUGUAUGUCUAUAUGAAAAUUUAAUAUAUGAGUAAAUAUAUAUUAAAUGUGUGUAAUAUAUACAGUACGUGCAUAUAUAGUAUGUGAAAAUGAUCGCAGCUUUGAGGGUCACAGUUGGUACAGGCGAAAAAAGCGCAGAUGGGACCAGGUUAAAGAGUCGGUUGGGGGAUUUCUGUAACUGGGUGAGGACGAGUCGGGGUGUCUUCCUCACCCGGGUUUGUUGGUCAGCAGCAGUUUGGGGGGGGAAAGGAAAAAAAAAAAA